GUCACUACAUCUGAACUCACUCUGGAUUUUUCUACAUACUUGGAACAUAAUUCCAGUUCAGACCUGAAAAGUCACGCACACAGUUUUAUCUGUAGGUUCCUCUGGUCCUCUACACACAUGAUGGGAAUCAGUUUUCUGAUUUAGAGGAGACUUCCUGGACCUGAAUCACUGGGAAUUGACUCAUUCUGGUUUCUCCCGCAGGCUGACUGAAGUCCACAAAAUGGAAGAUUCUGAUCUAAAGGAAGACAGAGCAGAACCUCCAGGAUCCAGUUAUCUGUCUAUGAGGGGUGACUGGUCCAAAGGACACCAUGCAAACCUUAGUAAAGAACCUGGACCCUCAGACACAAAAGGACGGAACCAAAGACGGACAGCAGAACCUCCAGGACCCAGCUGUCUGUCUAUGAGGAGUGAUGACUCCAAAGGACACUCUCCAAACUUCAGUAAUGAACCUGGGUCCUGCCUAAACCAGGAUCUGCUUGGACAAAGAGGUCAGAACCACAGACGGACAGCAGAACCUCCAGGACCCAGCUGUCUGUCUAUGAGGAGUGAUGACUCCAAAGGACACUCUCCAAACUUCAGUAAUGAACCUGGGUCCUCAGACUCAGAAGGUCAGAACCACAGACGGACAGCAGAACCUCCAGGACUCAGCUGUCUGUCUAUGAGGAGUGAUGACUCCAAAGGACACUCUCCAAACUUCAGUAAUGAACCUGGGCCCUCAGACUCAGAAUGGAGGGAGAGGAGCAGCGUUUGUGUGGAGGAGCAGCUGUCCUGCUGUGCUUUGUGUCAGAAGGUCCUGAUGGAUCCGGUCUCUACCAGCUGUGGACAUUGGUUCUGCAGACAGUGUAUCAUGUCAUACUGGGUCCAGUCUGCUCCAUCAGGACCCUCCUGCUGCCCCCAGUGUGGAGAAAGACCCAGAACAGGAGCAGGGCUGCUGCCAGCCAAUCGGAGCAGCUGUGCACCGGAUGUUGGUCUGCAGGAGGUUCUGGAGGAGCACAAGAUCAGUCUGAGGAGGAGAUGUGAAUGUGUGACCGAAGGAACUGGUGAAACAAGAAGUAGAACCCUGCUCAACAGGAUCUACACUGAUCUCUACAUCACAGAGGGACAGAGUGAAGAGGUUAACACCCAACACGAGGUGAAGCAGCUGGAGGCAGCUUCCAAGACCCAGAACCUCCACGACUCUCCAAUCAGGUGCCACGACAUCUUUAAAGCCUUACCGGACCAACACGGACCCAUCAGAGUGGUUCUGACCAACGGCGUCGCUGGUGUGGGAAAAACCUUCUCAGUGCAGAAGUUCACUCUGGACUGGGCCGAGGGCCUGGAGAACCAAGAUGUCAGCGUGGUGGUUCUGCUUUCGUUCAGGGAGCUGAACUUGAUCAGAGGGGAGCAGCACAGUCUUCUCUCGCUGCUCCAUGUUUUCCAUCCGACCCUCCAGAAGCUCCCAGCAGAGAAGCUGGCCGUCUGUAAACUUCUCUUCAUCUUCGACGGCCUGGAUGAAAGCAGACUUUCUCUGGACUUCAGCGACAGUCGGCCGGUUUCUGACGUCACGCAGAAGUCACCAGUCAACGUUCUGCUGACAAACCUCAUCAAGGGGAACCUGCUUCCGUCGGCUCUCGUUUGGAUAACGUCCCGACCUGCAGCGGCCAAUCAGAUCCCUCCUUCUUGCGUCGCCAGGUUAACGGAAGUGCGAGGCUUCACCAACGCCCUGAAGGAGGAGUACUUCAGGAGGAGGUUCAGUGAUGAAGAGCUGUCCAGCAGAAUCAUCUCCCACGUCAAGACCUCCAGGAGCCUCCACAUCAUGUGUAAGAUCCCAGUCUUCUGCUGGAUCACUGCCAUGGUUCUGGAGAACAUGUUGAUCACAGAUGAACGAGGAGAGCUGCCCAAGACAAUGACUGACAUGUACUCACACUUCCUGCUGGUCCAGACAAAGAGGAAGAAGAACAAGUACCAAGAAGCACUAGGGAGGAGUCCGCGGGAGCUGAUGGAGGCUGACAGGGAGGUUUUUCUGAAGCUGGGGAGGCUGGCAUUUGAACAUCUAGAGAAAGGAAACAUCUUGUUCUACCAAGAAGACCUGGAGCUGUGUGGUGUGGAGGUCACAGAGGCCUCGGUGUACUCGGGGGUUUUUACAGAGAUCUUCAAAAGAGAGAGCGUGAUCUUCCAGAAUCCGGUCUACUGCUUUGUUCAUCUGAGCAUUCAGGAGUUUCUGGCUGCAGUCUACAUGUUCCACUGUUUCACCAGCAGAAACAUAAAGGUGAUGGAGAACUUCCUGGGGAAAUACCACAAUUACUCAUCUCUGGAUGUCUUCCUGAAGAGAAUCAUGGAGAAAUCCCUCAGAAGUAAAAAUGGCCACCUGGACCUGUUUGUUCGCUUCCUUCAUGGCCUCUUUGUGGAGUCCAACCAGAGACUCUUGGAAGGCCUGCUGGGUCAGACAAGGAACAGUCGAGAAACCAUCCAGAUGGUCAUCAACAAUCUGAAGGAGAUGAACACCGAUGACAUCUCUCCUGACAGAAGCAUCAACAUCUUCCACUGUCUGAUGGAGAUUAACGACCUCUCCGUUUACCAGGAGAUCCAGCAGUUCCUGAAGUCAGAGAAAAGAUCAGAGAAGAAGCUCUCGGAGAUCCAUUGCUCGGCUCUGGCCUACAUGCUGCAGAUGUCAGAGGAGGUUCUGGAUGAGUUGGACCUGGAGAAGUACAACACAUCAGAAGCCGGACGACUGAGGCUGAUUCCUGCUGUGAGGAACUGCAGAAAGGCUCGACUUGUUGGAUGUAGCCUGUCACAGACUGAAUGUGACGUUGUGGCCUCAGCUCUGAAGUCCACCCCGUCCCAUCUGACUGAGCUGGAAAUAAGGGAGAUCUACGAAGUGCGAGACUCUGGAAUGAAGCAUCUGUGUGAGAUACUGGAGAGUUCAGUCUGUAAACUGAAGCUGCUGAGAUUGGAGGGCUGCAGGUUGUCAGAGCUCAGCUGUGUUUCUCUGGUCUCAGCGCUGAAAUCCAACCCCUCCCACCUAACUGAGCUGGAUCUGAGUCAGAACAAAGACCUGAAGGAUGCAGGAGUGAAGGAGGUCUGCGGUUUUCUACAGACGCCCGGCUGCAAACUACAGAUAUUGAGAUUGGUGUGCUGCAGGUUGUCAAAGAUCAGUUGUACGUCUCUGGAGUCAGCUCUGAAGUCGAACCCCUCCCAUCUGGCAGAACUAGACCUGAGAGAAAACAACCUGAAGGAGUGUGAUGUUCAACAGCUGGAGCAUCUUGUAAAGAGUCCAGACUAUAGGUUGGAAAUUCUGUCGUGGCGGUCACCAUCUUUGUAGAGGAUAGAAGCUGAGCUGUAUCCUGGUGAUCCACAGACAUUGAAGCUGCUGCAGUUUGAGUUUAUAGAAACUCUGACUGGAUCAUGAUGGCAAACUCUGCGCUUAGAGAUUUCAAUCCUUUUUUAUUAAAUUGUGUCUGUAAUUUAGUGUCUGAUAUUGUUUGCCCCUUUGAACCAGUGAUGAAAUAAAAACUAAGCUGCAUUUAGUAGUUAAGCACAUGUCAUUUUAUCUGAAUUUGAUGAAACUGGAAAGUUGAUCUUUUUUUCUGAUUCAUUUUCAGCCUGUAACCAUUAAAUAUGUAAUGAAGCUGAACUGUAAGGUUU